AUGUCAAACGAUAUUACCCACAAUAGGUCUGGCCUGAAAGAAUUUUUGGCGUCCAUUGCGACCAUUUCGGGAGAUUUGUCAAAUAUUACUGCACCACCAUUCGUACUCGCAGACAACUCGACCGUGGAGAUACCACAGUAUUGGGCAGAUCAUCCAUAUCUUUGGGCUGCACCGGCAACUGAGGAAAACCCAGAAAAGCGGGCAUUGCUCGUAUUGAAGAACUUUCUUUGUUCACUACGCGGCCAACAGUAUGGAGGACGAAGGGAAGAGGACGGCGUCAAGAAGCCCUUGAAUGCAUUUCUUGGAGAAAUUUUCAUGGGGGGCUGGAACAUGGAAGACCUGGGCGAAACGAGGUUGGUGUCUGAGCAGGUCGGACAUCACCCACCAGUCACUGCAUGCUACCUGUGGAAUAAUCAUGUCGGUAUUCGCGCCGAAGGUUUCACUGAACAGGAAAUCACUUUCAACGGAAACGUGGCUAUCAAGCAGAAGGGCUAUGCAAUAGUCCAUGUCGAUAAAUACGACGAAGACUAUCUACUUCCCUUACCCAACAUCAAAGUCAAAGGUCUCCUUAGUGGCGUUCCACACCCCGAACUCUAUGGCGAUUACUCGCUCAUCUGCUCCAAUGGAUACAUAUCACAUAUACACUUUGAAGGCAAAUCACUGCUCGGGUUCGGACAAAAGAACAGUUUUCAUGCGCGCUUCUUCCACAAGGAUAACCCUUCUGAUAUCAUCUACAUCCUUGAAGGCACGUGGAAUAGCACUUUUACCAUCAAAGAUGCACGUAGCGGCACGGAAAUCGAAACCUGUGACGUACACAGCAUCAAGCAACAGCCCAUGAACGUUCCUGACCUGUCCGAGCAAGAUCCAUGGGAGUCGAGAAAGGCAUGGCAGCACGUCAUCUCCGCAUUACGCAGAGGUGAUAUGAGGGGCGUUGUCAAGGCGAAGAGCGAAGUUGAGAAUGGUCAAAGACAAAUGCGUAAGGACGAGCAAGCAAAAGGCGAGACAUUUACCCCCGUCUUCUUCAAGCGGGUAGACAAGGACCCUAUAUUUGAGGAGUUGGUCCAGUGCGACCCACAGGGUUAUACUAUUGACCCCAAAGCCGGCACAUGGAAAGUGGACAAGGAGGCCGCCGAAAACAAAUCGAGACCCUUCCACGGCGAUCUGACGCCUUCGAACCAACGAACUAGCAAUCCGCAGCCGCAUUCUCAACAACAUAGUAGAAAUAAUAGCACCACGACAAGCGGACAAGAUCCGCAGUGUGGUGGAGCAGAGAUGGAGACUGCAGCUGACAGUAUUAAUGGAGCAGCGGCAUCUAGGGGGUGUCCGGCGCCGUCGUCGCCUUCGGACUCAUCGCCUCGAAAUGCAGCGACAGAAACUACUACCCAUAGUCCCGUCGAGCCGUCUGAUCAGCAAGUCGAAGAUUUCUUACGCGCGAAAACGGGCAAUGUCCGUUGAUCCCGCGCUUUCCCUUCCGCCCAUCCCCCAUCUUCCACCAAAAAAAUACUUCUGUCUUCGUAUUCUUUGUAGCCUGCGGGAAUGUCAACAAUAUAACGUUUAUUCCCCGAUUUUUGUUUCAGAUUGUUCUUUUUUGAUACACUCGGGAAUCGGACUCGGCAUUCGUCAAUGUCGUCUGUGUUCGACGCUAAAAAAAAUGUUUUUUUUUUCGUGUAACCACAGACGAAACUUUCUUGCGCCUCCCCUCCCCCGUCUCUCGCUUCUCGCGUGGCAAGAUUCGCUUCCAAAAUCCCACUUCAACAGGGGGAGAGUUGAGUAAGAGUAGUCAGGGCCAUGUGCCGCUCCGCGGAGCGGCACUUAUAUUUCUUUGUAGAAAAGACUGGAACUAAGGAGGAAAAGC